CUUCCUGAGCGUGUGCCUGGCAGCCUGCCCCUUCCUGAGCUUCUUGGAAUCCGCACUCACCUUACGGCACGGCAGCCCGCCGGUGACCACCAUCUCCCAUGCAAUCUCAUUGGCCCCGCUCCUGCCCACCCGACACGUUCUGUCCCCUCUCCCAGCUCUCCCGCCUCCACUUCUCGAAUGGACCCUAUCCCGGCUUGAUCCAAGCCGCAUACCAAGACCUUGCAGUGUCUAUUCGUGUAACCACCACUGAUCGGCUGCCAAGAACGUGCUACUGCUCCAACGCUCAUGCCGACUUUUUUUUCCGACUGACCUGGAAUCGACAAUACUUAAGGCAGCUGGUGGAUCUCCAUUGUCUGCCUCUUCAAGCACUUGAAUUGAUUCAUUUCCGACAUGUCCAGUCAACUCGACUACGAAAAGGCUCACGCCAUUGUCGCUCUCUCCGCGCAGGAGCGUCGCAGAGCCGCCCUCGCUGAUAUCGACGAGGCCAAGUUUUCCUGGUUCCACGCCAAAGCCUGUAUCGUUGCUGGUGUUGGAUUCUUCACUGAUGCCUACGACAUCUUUUCCAUUUCUAUCGCGGCUACCAUGAUUGGAUACGUCUACCACAACGGCGGUUCCAGCACUAGCAACCAAGAUCUGGGUAUCAAGGUCGCCCACUCUAUCGGCACCUUCUUCGGACAGCUUCUCUUUGGUUUCCUCGCCGAUCACCUUGGUAGAAAGAAGAUGUACGGUAUUGAGUUGGUGAUCAUCAUUAUUGGUACCCUUGGUCAAGCAGUCGCCGGUCGUGCCCCUGGUAUCAAUAUCUACGGUGUCCUCAUUAUGUGGCGAUUCAUUAUGGGUCUCGGUAUCGGCGGCGACUACCCUCUCUCUUCAGUCAUCACCUCCGAAUUCGCUGCCAGGCGUAUCCGAGGCCGUAUGAUGACCGCCGUCUUCAGUGCCCAAGGUUGGGGUAACUUGGCGUCCGCAAUCGUCUCUGUCAUCGUCGUCUCCGCCUACAAAUCCUCUAUCCAAUCUGAACCCCUGACCGACCUCCGCGCUGUCGACCAGUCAUGGCGACUCAUCAUCGGUAUCGGCUGUGUCCCCGCCGUCAUUGCCCUCUACUUCCGUCUCACCAUCCCUGAAACCCCUCGAUACACUAUGGACAUUGAGCGCAAUAUCAAGCAGGCUUCGCAGGAUGUCGACACUUAUCUCACUACCGGCGAGUACGUCGUCGACCCCAUCCACAACAACGAGCGCGCCGAGGUACCCAAGGCUUCUUGGAAGGAUUUCUGCAGGCACUUUGGAAAGUGGGAGAAUGGAAAGGUCUUGUUGGGUACUUCGUGGUCUUGGUUCGCUCUUGAUAUAGCCUUCUACGGCCUUGGUCUGAACAGCUCGACCAUCUUGACUACUAUCGGUUUCGGUUCCUCGACUACACUCGGGACCAAGCAGGAAAACAUCUUCCAGACCUUGUACAACGUCGCGGUCGGCAACAUCAUCCUCGCUGUCGGUGGUCUCCUCCCUGGUUACUACUUUACCUUCUUCCUCAUCGACAUCUGGGGCAGGAAGCCUAUUCAGCUCAUGGGCUUCGUGCUCCUUACCAUCAUCUUUGUUUGCAUGGGUUUCGGGUACGACAAGAUGCUCAGCACCGAUUCCGGCAAAAAAGCAUUCGUCUUCCUUUACUGUAUGGCCAACUUUUUCCAAAACUUUGGGCCGAACACGACAACUUUCGUUAUCCCCGGAGAGACGUUCCCCACCCGUUACCGAUCCACCGCCCACGGUAUCUCUGCCGCUUCCGGUAAACUUGGCGCUAUCGUUGCCCAAGUCGGUUUCUCCCGCCUGAUCAACAUUGGCGGUAAAAACAAAUUCCUCAAACACAUUCUCGAAAUCUUUGCCCUCUUCAUGCUUACCGGUGUCUUUUCCACCUUGCUCUUGCCCGAGACAAAGGGCAGGACGCUCGAAGAUCUGUCGCAAGAGGACCAGGAGCACUUCGUGCAGGACUCGAACAUCCCUGCGCCGUUGGUCAGCAAGAGGGGGCCCGCGGUGUCUUCUGAGACUGAUGAUGAGAAGGUGGUGCAUGAGGUUUAGAUGGGGUUUCUGUUUUUUCUUAGAUUUGUGUGACGAGCUGGGCUUUUCUUGGGGGGUGUUAUAAUUGGAAUCAUCAUGUAUUGCAUCG